CUGACUGACACUGACAUUAAACGUCACUUGUUAUGUCAAUUUCGAACACCGCGUAAAGCAUGGAAAACUACGAUUUACAUUAAAUUCUAACAUUAUUUCUAGCUCACAUAAAGUUAAAAUAGCUUUCAUUAUGUUCGUCAAACCGUACAAAUUAAAAUCAAACAACACCUUGAAGAAUUCCGAGAAGAAACAUUUGGUUCAGCGUAUUCAAGAUGAGUUCCCUGGGGUCCCGGAAGGGAGAGUCAAAGAGUUGGUCCCGGUGAAGUCGAACAGCAGCUGUAUGAAGUUGGUACUCCACUCGGGGGACACAGUCGGCGUGUACGUAGUGGACGGCUUCCCGAUGAUGAUCGAGACCAGCGAAGCGCUAGUGCCGACCGUCUGCACACUUUGGAAGAUUCCAGAAUUUCUGCCAACACUUAUUGUUCAUUCACCAGUGCUACCUAAGGUGGCAGGCGGGGCCCCGCUGUACCUGCCGGGCGUGGUGCGCGGCGCGCUGCCGCGGUUCCGGCGCGGGCAGCUGCUGGCGGCGUGCUCGCAGGACAACGCCGCCGCCGGGCUCGUCGGACGCGCCACCAUCUCUGUACAGGACACACAGUAUAUGGCUGCGGGUGUGUGCCUAGAUGCCAUUCAAGUGUUUGGAGAUCUUCUAUGUAAAGACACAAAGUUUAGUAAAAUUGAAAGGCCCAAAUUAGGCCCUGCCUCCUAUCCGUCCAGUGAUGUCGCAGAACACCUUGCUACAGAUUUAAGCCAGCUUAGCGUAGAGCCAGUGAAAGAGGAAUGGCCGAGUCUGGUGAAACAGCCACCGGCGCCGGCGCCUGCGGCUCACGCGCCGCGUAUCAUAGAAGACACGCCCGCGAACGACAUAGCGCCUGUCGACGAGCCUGAAGACGACUUAGACGACACAGUCCUCACAGAGAGUUCCCAAAUAGAAGAGGAUGGAAUCCCUAGCGAUAUGGACGGUCUACUACGCUGGAGCCUGCUGUCACUGCUCAAGCUGGACGGCAAGCAGCUCGAGCUGCCGCUCAAGACCAACCUGCUCUACAAAAACCAUUUGAUGCCUUUGUGUCCGCCAGACAGAACAUUAGAUGUGAAAAAAUCUAGCUACAAGAAGAUGGGAAAAUUCCUGGAAGCUAUGCAACAGGAAGGCCUGGUGGAGGUGCGUGAGAUCGACAAGGGCGUGGACGCGCUCGUCGCCGUCUCGCUCGCACACCCCGCCCUGCGCGCGCACUCCGCCCCCCCGCGCGGGCCCCGCCCACGAGCCGAGCCCGCGGAAUACACACCGCCGUCUAUUAGGGAGGUGUUCUGCGUGACCGCGCACGUCACGCCGCUGGUGCCGCAGCACAGAAAGGGUACACCGCUAAGCGCAGCGGACGUGCGCACUGCCGUCACUGAGUACGUGCGCGCGCGCAACCUUACGGGACAACAGAAAAACACUGUCGUGCUCGACGCCACGCUCGCCAAGAUACUCGGCAAGCCCGAACAGACGCAGAUGAAGUGGGACGAGGUGAUGACAGGAGUACAGGGCAAGUUCACUCCGGGUACCGAGAUGCGCUUCUCGGACGGCUCGCAGCAGCUCAGCAAGAGCCGCCUCGAGCCCGUCACCAUGCACGUGGCCACGCGUAGCGGGAACAAGAAGGUGACGCUGGUGUCGAACCUGGAGGCGUUCGGGUUCAGCCUGGCGGCGCUGGCGCACGUGUGCCAGCAGGGCGUGGCGGCGUCCUGCGGCGUCACGCGCUCGCCCGGCGCCAAGCACGACCAGCUCAUGCUGCAGGGCGACCAGACUUAUUUUGUCGCCAAAUUGCUGAUAGAAAAAUAUGGACUACCCAAGAAAUUCGUGGAAGGAGCAGACAAGGCACUCAAGAAAAAAAAGUGAUUAACUUUAUGAAAUAAUAAAAUGUUGAGCUAAGCCAGUGAAAGUGAUUAAAAUAAACACAAACUUGCAAAGCAUCUUUAUUUAUUAUUUAAUAACUAUUACCUAUUUGUAAGAUCUCUGCAUGUUAACUUGCCUAGAUUUGUGUAAAACACAUUAACUCUAGUAUGGCAACCAUUGUUCUCUAAUUUCUUACAAUCACAUACUAACUAACUACCAUAUCCAAAGUAUUUGUUAAUACAAUUAAUUAAUAUUGUUAUAAUGAUGCAUGGAAGACUUUAAGACUAAAAUUCAUUUCAUUCUUAUUUUCUAAUUACUAAAAUCUAAGUUUAUAUUUUUGUAUCUUUACAAUACAAUAAAAGCAUGAUUUAUAAAGUGCA